AUGGCCGCGCAGCAGCUUGAGGAGAAGCUGACCUGCGCCAUCUGCCUGGGGCUCUACCGCGACCCGGCAACGCUGCCCUGCGGCCAUAAUUUCUGCGAGGCUUGCAUCAAGGACGGGUGGGCGCACUGCGGGCGGGAGUGCCCCGAGUGCCGCGAGCCCUUCGCCGACGGCGCCGUGCUGCGCCGCAACGUAGCUCUCAGCAACGUGGUGGAGCUGGUGCGCGCUGCCGAGCGGGGGCCCGAGCCCGAGCCCGGAGCCGAGCCCCGGCCCCAACGCCACGGCCAUCCGCUCGAGCUGUUCUGCCGCACCGAGGGCCGCUGCGUGUGCAGCGCGUGCACCGUGUUCGAGUGUCGCCUCCACGAGCGGGCGUUGCUGGACGCCGAGCGCCGCGAGCGCGAGGCCCAGCUGAGAGCCAGCCUGGAGGUGACCGCACAGCAGGCCACCCAGGCCAAGGCCCAGCUACAGGAGCUGCAGCAGCAAAGCAGCCAGAUCCAGAGCUCGGCCUGCACCCUGGCCACCAGGGUCUCCGGCAAGUUCAGCUGCCUCCUACAGGCCCUGGAGAUGUGGCGGGCCUUGGCACUGAAGGGCAUUGAGGCAGCUAAGGCCCAGGCACUGGCGAAAGCCCAGGAUGAGAGGCAGCGGCUGCAGGACCACCUGGAGGCCCUGGCACACCAUGACUGCAGCGUUCGGGACCUCCUGGGGCAGUUGGAUGACAGGACCUUCCUCCAGGAGUCACAGCUCCUGGUGCCCCCAGUGCCUCUUGGGCCACUGACCCCUCUGCAAUGGGAUGAAGACCAGCAGCUGGGGGGCCUGAAGGAGACACUGAGCAAGCUGGGUGGCCUCCUGCUGGAAGAGAGGGGCCACCCGGGGAUGCCAGCUGAGGCUGCUGACUUGGGCCCCAUGGAGGCCCCAGGUCCCCUGACACCAGUCCCGAGUCCAGUGUGUCCACUGAGGAGAGAACUCUGGCAGAAUUACCGCAACUUGACCUUCGACGCGGACAGUGCCAACCGCUACCUCCAUCUGUUCCGCCAGAACCAGCAGGUGAAGCACUGCCACCAGGCGCGGGGCCAGGCCAGCCCAGGCAGCUUUGAGCUGUGGCAGGUGCAGUGCGCCCAGAGCUUCCAGUCCGGGCGGCACUACUGGGAGGUGCGUACCUCCAACCACUCGGUGACGCUGGGCGUCGCCUACCCAGAACUGGAGCGGCACAAGCGGGGGACCCACACGGACAACAUCGGCCGUGGGCCCUGCUCCUGGGGGCUGUGUGUUCAAGAGGAUGGCACCCAGGCCUGGCACAACGGGGAGGUCCAGCACCUGCCAGCGGUGUCUGGGCGGCUCCUGGGUGUGGAUUUGGACCUGGCCUUAGGCCGCCUCACCUUCUAUAGCCUGAAGCCCCACACCCAGCCCCUGCACACCUUCCAUGCCGUCUUCAACCAGCCCCUCUACCCUGUCUUCUGGCUCCUCGAGGGUAGGUCCCUUACCCUGUGCCAACAGCCUGGGGCCAAGCUGCUUCCAGGCUCCCAGGAAGAGGCCUCAGGGCUCUGCUGAGACCCCCCUCGCCCCGUGCCAGGAAGGCAUAGGAUGGCUCUGGGCUGGAAACAGGUGCCACCAUGCCUGUGUGCUUAAGAGCUGUCCCAGCCCCUGGGCUGAAGACCAAGGUCACAGCUAUAACAGGACCAGCUGCUAGGCCAAAGACUGACUCAGGACCAGGCUGGGCCGCUUGGGAAGAGCCCCCAAACUGGAAAAAUAAAAACAAAGCCAUUGCUGUUAAGUCGAUUUCGACUCAUGGUGACCCCAUAUGUUACAGUGUGGAACUGCUCCAUAGGGUUUUCUUGGCUGUAAUUUUUAUGGAAGUAGAUCACCAGGCCUUUCUUCCAUGGCACUGCUAGGUGGGUUUGAACUGCCCCAAACUGAAGUUGAGCUUAAACCCAGAGUUCACUUUUCUGGCCUCUUUGAAGGGGACAGGGACUAGGAAGGGAGUCAAAUGGGAAGUCCCCGCCCCAACCAGAGCCCAUUUCUGUGGACUGCCUGGGCCGUAGAGGCUGAAGUAGCCUCAUACAGGAGAACAUUUGCAGAUGGGUACACACAUACAGACUAUGCGGACAGAGUCAUAUAUAUAUCCCCAGUUUACCUCCCAGCAAGACAAU